ACUAAACCAGUUGGAUGAAGCUCACUUAUCAGUCACGAAUAAGAAACAAAAAGCAGUAUAAAGGAGUUCCACCAGCACUCAUGACAGCAGCAACAUGACUUCUAUCAUUUUGGUCUUGGCCCUUGUUGCCAGUGCAUCUGGCUGUGGAACCCCAGCCAUUAAGCCUGAUACUACCCGCGUGGUCAAUGGCGUGGAUGCCCGCCCCAACAGCUGGCCUUGGCAGAUCUCUCUGCAGUAUGAGAGAAAUGGUGAGUACAGACACACCUGUGGUGGAUCCCUCAUCGCUACCAACUGGGUUAUGACUGCUGCCCACUGCAUUGAUCUGAAGCUGAAUUAUCGUGUGGUUGUGGGCAAGCACAACCUGGCAGAGGCUGAGCCCAGUGCUCAGGCUUACUUCCCAGCUAAGAAAGGAAUCAUCGUGCACAAACACUAUAACCCUGUCCUCCUGUCAGUAGGCAAUGACAUCGCCAUGAUCAAGCUGGCAGAGCAUGUGACUCUGAGUGACCAGGUCCAGCUGGCUUGUGUCCCCGCCCCCGGAACCAUCCUGUCCAAUAAUUACCCCUGCUACAUCACCGGCUGGGGAAGACUCACCACCGGAGGUCCCACCCCCGACACCCUCCAGCAGGCCCUGAUGCCCGUGGUGGACCACAAUACGUGUACCCAGAGCGACUGGUGGGGCGUGUCCAUUCGCAGGUCCAUGGUCUGCGCCGGCGGGGACGGAGUGGUGGGAGGCUGCAACGGUGACUCUGGUGGCCCACUGAACUGUAAGAACUCUGCGGGAGUAUGGGAGGUGCAUGGCAUUGCUAGCUUCGUCUCCGGCCAGGGCUGCAACUACAUCAAGAAACCCACCGUCUUCACCCGCGUCUCCGACUACAAUGAGUGGAUUGAUGAGACCAUGAUGGACAACUAAGACGUGUCGGUGUGCUCUUCAAAUAAAGACCUAUAAAUACAUGAGAAAA